AUACAAUGCAAAGUAAAUAAUAACACAUAAAAAUUUUAAAUAUUGUGAGUUUUGUUGUCGUGAAUCGAUAGUUUGUCUGAUUUGUUAAGAGGACGCAUAUCACUUAGUAUUUUUAUCGAUACAUUCAUUUCAACAACAAAAUUACUACCCUAGUGUAUGCGUGUCGACUGUGAGCUGUCAACUAAUUGACGUGACUUUUGUUUGGAAUUCUUAUUAACCAAAGUGAUUUCGUCUUUUCAAAGCGCCACAAUUAAAUUUUUUAAAUUAGAAACUUUUCAUUUAUUAUUAAUUUAUAUAAAAUGGAUAAAAUACCAGAGAGUGCACGAGAGAAUACAACAUCCAAAGUAUCAGAGUUGAAUAUGACUACUAUACUGGUUGCUGCGGUGCUGGGAUUCAUUGUAAUGGCAAUAAUACUAUUGUUGCGUAGAAGAUCCCUUGGACGACGAGAUUUCAUUUUGACCGGUCUGAGUGAAUCCGGGAAGAGUGCUAUAUUUAUGCAAAUGAUGCACAAAAAAUUCCCAGAUACUUUCACUUCCAUCACAGAAAACGUGGGUGAGUACCGGUCCGGUCGUAUGUCAGGCCGUCUUGUAGAUAUACCUGGACAUUAUAGAGUGAGGGAUAAGUGUUUUGAUCAAUACAAACGUACAGCUAAGGGCUUAAUAUUUGUGGUAGAUUCUGUCACAGUACAAAAAGAUGUCCGCGACGUGGCGGAUGCUUUAUACAGCGUACUUGCCGAUCCUGCAACACAGUCUUGUCCUUUCUUAGUACUUUGUAAUAAACAAGAUUUGAGCACAGCAAAGGGCGCUCAAGUAAUAAAAAGUGUAUUGGAAAAAGAAAUGAACAUCGUACGGGUAACACGUAGUCGAAAAUUGCAGUCUGUAGGAGAGGAUAAUGCUUCAAAACCAGUGUUUUUGGGUAAAGAAAGCAAGGACUUUGAAUUUUCGCACAUUAAUCAAAACGUACAAUUCUUUGAAUGCUCUGCAAAAGAUAAUCAAUUGAAUAAUUUAUCUGAUUGGAUAGACAGAAUGCUGUGAAAUAAGUGGAAAAUAACGCAAUUGAUAUUAUCGUAUAAAAAGAAGAUUUAUAAUAUUUGUCAAAGACAUCGUCUUCAAAUGUUAGCGAUACUGUCUGAACACAUGCACUAAUGCAUACCUUAUGGUUUUAGUUGUGUUAUAAGUUAUGUUAUUUUGGAUGGGGAGCAAUGUGUUUUGAAUCUUUCUGAUAAAGCUUUUGAUUACUGUCUAAAAUUUCCUUUCUAUUAAAAUGAACAAAAUAAAAUAAAUUACCAUAGAUACAUUUUGUAAA